AUGAUUUUUGACUGGAACCUUUAAUUUGACGUAGGAGUAAUCACGUGACUACGGGGACACGCCCACAGUAGUAAAUGAAGACUGCGUGGGUUCAGCGGUAGGAGAGGCGGCAGUUUCCAAACUAAGUGACGGUGAGCCUGAGUUUACUCCAGUGUUAACCCGGCGUGUUAUGGUGAAUGUUAUUUAUCAUGGCUGUGAACGUUUACUCCACAUCAGUAACUAGUGCCAACCUUAGUCGCCAUGAUCUGCUGACCUGGAUUAACAGCUCCCUCCACAUGAGCCAUGCCAAGAUUGAGCAGCUUUGUACAGGGCAGUGAUCACACUUGGUGUAGCCUAGUUCCCUUCUCACUGGAGACUGUAUUGCUGCUGUGGUGUUCCUAGGUGCUGCCUACUGUCAGUUCAUGGAUAUGUUGUUCCCAGCAUGUGUGCCAUUGAAGAGAGUGAAAUUCCAGGCCAAACUGGAGCAUGAGUAUAUCCACAACUUUAAAAUCCUUCAAGGAAGCUUUAAAAAGCUAGGGGUGAAUAAAAUUAUCCCAGUGGACAAGCUUGUGAAAGGGAAAUUCCAGGAUAACUUUGAGUUUGUGCAGUGGUUUAAGAAAUUUUUUGAUGCUAACUAUGAUGGAAAGGAGUAUGAUCCAGAAGCGGCUCGACUGGGGCAGGAGAUCGCUGCCUCCCAGUGUCCGGCUCCAGGUUUGGCCAAUAAACCUCAGAAAGGAGGUUUGGAGACACGGAUCACUUCAGUGAAGCCCACGGCUCCAGUUGCUCCGCAGCGAAUGACCGCAGCUUCUCCCAAGAGGGCAACUCGACUGAGAGCAGAUCCGGAGCAUGGAGAAGAGCUCAUUCACAUGCUCCAUGAUCUAAAAACCAACAUUUCUGAUUUGGAGAAGGAGAGGGACUUUUAUUUCAGCAAACUGAGGAACAUUGAGCUCAUCUGCCAGGAAAAAGAGGGGGAAGCUGAUCCCAUACUGCAGAAAAUAGUUGACAUUCUGUAUGCCACAGAUGAUGGUUUUCAGAACCCUGAGGAAGGUGCUGGUGAACCUGACGAGUUUUGAACAAUCUUUAGGCAGUUGCCUGAUUUAUUGUUCAAGUGGGUGUGUUUUGCACAUGCACAAUGCCACAUUCCUUCAGUCUGGUGCCUUUUGAUUCUUUGCUUUUGCACACUGAUGUUUGAAUGUUCUAUUUCUGUGACUUCAAAUAUUUAUAUUUGAAUUGACAGAUGACUGAUUUUGAGGUUGUUGUUGUUGUUGUUGUUGUUGUUGUUAUUAUUAAAGAUGUUUGUCUCACUUU